CACACACUCACGCACCGACUCGACUCGACUCAACCUGCGAAGUGCUCAGGAAGUUGUUGAUGUUUGCAGGGAGUAUGUCGAGUCGGGGAUUCAUAGUACACUACUAGUACAAAGCAACAUUGCUCCUUCUUCUCCAAUGGGCUUGGUUCGAUAAGUAUACAUAUACUUUGCCGCAUUCCGAUGGACUCAUUUUGAUUUCAUCAAGUGUUCAUACUGGUGAGUGGCGUGAGGAUCACUACUGCUUACUACGUUAAAUAUCAGCAGUUGAAAGUUUGCCCUGGCAUGCCUUCCCUUCACUGGAAUUGUAUUCUAUUUAUGGCUGUUCUAGACUAUGACUUUGGAGGAGCAUCAGCGGGCAUCCACACGAUAUACAACAGUCUCUCUAAGGACCAACGCGACCCGAACGCCUCAGCUUGCCUGUUUGUCCUAUCCUUCUUGGCUCUUGCCUCUAUCAGCUACUCGCGCCCCAUCAUGGAAAUCUCCAGAUCUGGGACGUUGCAUGCACGCAAUGCGGACCCGAGAAUGAUACCAGGCUCUAACGAUCUGGUCGGUGAUAUCUUCAAAACUGUUGAUCUGGAUAACCUCGCGAAACUCAACAACUGGAAGCAAAACCAAACCACAAAUGAGAGUAGCAGCACCUCGCCUACCAAAACACAAAGCAGCGUCACCUCCAGUGCCAACCACACCGCAAAGCAGACAACCCCGAGUGGACUGGCGGACCCUGAGGGCGACCCUUCCGUGUUUGUGUCGGGCCUAUUGCAAUUGCUAUCGGAUAAGUUCAAGCAAGCGUGGCAUAGCAGUGAUGAACACACCUUGAACUAGGGGUGUUCAUGAUUAGGAGGGAAAUGUGACUGUUGAUGAUCGGAUGAUUGGUCUGUGUUUCUUCUAUUGUGUUUCGUUGGAUUUUCCUUUUUUUUUUUUCUUUGUCACUUCAUUUCUGCGUCAAUGCUCUGUUGAGCUGCGAGCAGCUGGGCUUCCCAACGAACUCUACCAGCGGUGUAACGAUUGAUGACAGAAUAGGUAAUGGCGAAAAAAAGUUCCGAAAAAAUGCUAGUAAUAAUCACUUAGCUCGAAGAAAC